UCAUAGAAACCUAACAAGCAUAGUAUAUACAUAUAAUUAAAUUAAGAUGUUAGAGAAAAAGUCUAUUGCUUUUUUAAUGCUUGCGAUGGUAUUAGGCUUGCAAGUAACACCAUUGUAUGCACGCCAAAUAGAUGACAUCAGUUGUCCGGGGGCUAUUUUUUCCUUAGUGCCAUGUGUACCUUUUUUGACAGGAUUAGGCUCAGCACCAUCUGCUUCAUGUUGUGCGGGAGCGAAUAAUGUGUUUCAAAAGGCAGACAAUGUUCAAGCUCGACGUGAUUUAUGUAACUGUCUCAAAGGUGCUUCAUCAAAAUUUGGAGUUAAUUCUGACAAAGCAAAACAACUCCCACAACUUUGUAACAUUAAUCUUUCAUUUCCAAUUGAUCUAAAUAUUGAUUGCAACACAAUUCCAUGAUGCAAUAAUCUGGGUCAAGCCAAUCACAAAGAAAGCUAAAAGAACAACAACGAAAACUUUAUAACAAUAAGUAAUGUGAAAAAUUGUACCAACUCUUAAGUUGGAUAACUUUUAGCAAUAUAUUAAUAAAAAUUUAAAUCAAAUUUAUCUGUUAU